AUGGAACCUGGCGGAGUUCAUGUGGACUGUCGCCAUUUUACCAACGUACCCAUACUGGACUAUGGCCAGACAACGCGACCGGACACUAGGCAGGAAUUUCUCGCCCAGCUCCGAGAUGCCUUGAUAAAUGUGGGGUUCAUGUAUCUCAAGAACCCUCCAGUACCAAUGACUGUGCAAGAGACGCUGGUCGAGAAGGCGAAGGAGAUGUUUGACUUGCCUCUGGAAAAGAAGGAGCAGCUCGCAAUGGUCAACAGCAAACAUUUCCUGGGAUAUACUCGUCUCGGGGAUGAGAGAACGACCGGCAAGACUGACCACCGCGAGUCAUUUGAUUUUAGCACUGAAUGCUUACCCCCGGGGCCCGAGGAGCCGCUAUAUCGUAACCUUCGUGGACCUAAUCAGUGGCCCAACGAAUCUGACGUCCCUGGUGGCCGAGACGCCAUUGAAACCUAUCUCAAUGCCAUUGGCCAUCUGGCGGAUGACUUCAAGAUCCUUAUCGCUGAAGCUCUAGAUAUGCCAUCCGCAAGCUUUCUGGGCUUUUUCGACAAUCUCGCCCAGAACAAACUUAAGCUCGUGAAAUACCCUCCUCCUGAGCCGUCUAUUUGCGAGAGCUCUGAAUCUACACGUCAGGGUGUUGGGAUCCAUAAAGACGCAAGCUUCUUGACCUUUCUGCUGCAGGGGACUUCCCAUUUAGGACUAGAGGUUCAGAACAAAGGCGGCACAUGGAUUCCUGUCCCCCCAAUCCCCGGCACGUUGGUGAUCAACAUCGGUCGAUCUCUCGAAGCCCUCACGGGCGGAGUGUGCACGGCCACCACUCAUCGCGUCAACCUGCGACCCGAGAAUUUCCUCGACUCCAUCACAAAGCAACCGCUCGGGCCCCGGUACUCCUUUCCAGUCUUCCAAGGCUUAGCGCUAGAUCUUACCCGAGACCAGAUGAAUCUGGACAUUCCACCGCAUAUCCGCGAAUUGGUUAAGGAUAUCCAGGUCAAGUCGGAUGCGGAGAAGUAUUUAAAUCAUAUUUUCCGGGGAUGUAUUGGGGAGGGCAGCUUCAUGGCGCGGCUAGCCGCCCAUCCAGAUGUCGGCCGUCGGUGGUACCCGGCUAUGCUGGAGCGAGUUUUGGAGGAUCAGAGAAGAAUUACCAACUGA